CCACUUUCAAAGGAUGGAUAGGCAUAAUGAAUAGUGCAAUUGACUCUAAAAGUAUUAAAGGAGAACAACCUGAAGACGAAGUCAACAUCUACAUGUAUCUUUACUUUGUGUUCUUCAUUAUUUUUGGUUCUUUUUUUACCCUAAAUCUCUUUAUUGGAGUCAUCAUUGACAACUUCAAUGAACAAAAGAAAAAGGCAGGAGGAUCAUUGGAAAUGUUUAUGACAGACGAUCAGAAAAAAUAUUAUAAUGCCAUGAAGAAAAUGGGUUCAAAGAAACCAAUGAAGGCUAUACCCCGCCCUCAUUGGAGUAUGGGAGCCCUUGGCACAUACCAGUUUGUAGCUGCUGUGGUGAUGGACCAUGGAGGGCAGUGGCAUUCUGCUGGUGUAGAUGGUGUGAUGCCCAUUCCUACCGAGAUGCCGCUUGGUGUUGGAUGUAGCACUCUGCCAUAUAUUGCA